AUGGAAGUCAGCCUCCGGCAAGCUGUCAUCAACCACCUCAGGUCUUACAAGUUGCCUGAUCCACCUCGGAGGGAUGGGCCCAGCAAAUUCGAACUUUUGAAACAGUUAGAACUCAAGCACUGGUUGAUGUUCUUUUCUGGUUGGCUCGCUUGGACUUGCGAUGCACUGGAUUUUUUCAGUGUCAGUUUGACCGUUACGUUUCUUAGCAAACAAUUUGAUCGAAGCACGCAUGAUAUUACGACUAGUAUUACCCUUACCCUUCUUUUCCGUUCUCUGGGUGCUGUUCUUUUUGGUCUCGCCUCCGACCGGUUUGGCCGAAAAUACCCUCUCGUCUUCAACCUCUUUCUGAUCACCGUCCUCCAAGUGGGCACCUCCUUCUGUCAAACAUUCAAGCAAUUCCUCGCCUGUCGUUCGUUAUUUGGAAUCGGGAUGGGCGGGGUAUGGGGUAUGGCGAGCGCGACGGCUUUGGAGAGUCUGCCAGUCGAGUUGAGAGGGUUGGGAAGUGGGGUCUUGCAGCAGGGUUAUGCAGUGGGUUAUUUGAUUGCGGCUGUGGUCAAUUUGACCCUCGUCGCACACAAUAGACAUAAAUGGCGCACUCUUUUUUGGUUCGCAGCUUGCUUGUCCUUCGUCGCAGGCCUCGUCCGUCUAUCCCUCCCCGAAUCUGAUCUUUUCCUCCGAGCUCAAAAUGAAAAGAGGGAAUUGAAGGCUAAGCUGGAGGCAGAAGGCAAGUAUGAUGAAGUUGAAGGGAGCAAGACACGGAUAUUUCUCCGUCGCAUUGGUCAAAUGUUGAAGGAGCAUUGGCUGUUGUGUAUUUAUGGGGUGCUUUUGAUGACUGGUUUUAACUUUCUCAGUCAUGGGUCUCAGGAUUUGUACCCGACGUACUUGCAAGCGAGCAAAGGGUUCGAUUCGUACCAUGCGACUGUGGCCACUAUUAUUGGAAACUUAGGAGCUAUCACAGGAGGAGCAACGGCCGGCUUCGUCUCCCAAUACCUCGGGCGUCGUUUAACGAUCAUCCUUUUCAUUCUCCUCGUCGGAUGUUUCAUCCCACUCUGGAUCUUGCCUUAUUCGUUCGGUGGCCUCUCGGCAGGCGCUUUCUUUGUUCAGUUCGGCGUGCAAGGCGCUUGGGGAGUUAUCCCUGUUCAGUUAGCCGAGUUGAGCCCUCCAGGUUUCCGCGCUACGUGGACUGGGGUCGUUUAUCAACUUGGUAACAUGGUUUCGUCGGCGUCGGCUCAAAUCGAAGCGACUGGUGGUGACCAUCUUAAGACGAGGCUCCGUGGGAAAAUUGUCCCUGAUUAUGCAAAGGUUCAAGGUAUCCUCCUCGGAACCGUAGCAAUAUUCACGAUCAUUGUCACUUUUCUCGGGCCAGAGCGUCAUUCUACGCACUUUGAAGAACACGCGUUGGCGUUCGAAGAAGGAGGGAAGGAUAAUGCCUAUGCAGGCGAAGCCCAUCACGCUGGCGAUAUAGCGGAGGAGACAAGUGGGAUGAGUGAUUUGGAGAAGAAGAAUUUGGGCGAUGUGAGACUGAUCGAGAGGGCCUGA